UGGAAAGAGUAAUUCAAGGGAAGCCCAUGUGGGGUAAGGAGAUAGGAGCACCUCUUCGAGCCCAAAUGGGAGAAGGGAGGACCACCAAGGGAAGAGGGAAAAACUUGAGGGCCCAGCUGGCCUGGUGUGAAGAAACCCAGGUGCAACGGUUGGCGCGUUCUCAGACCUUUGUCCCAGCUCAGGGACAGCAGCUAGCAGAGCUAGAGGGUGUUCUGGAACUCCCAAUAACAACAGGCCGGAGAAAUGUCAACUAUAGCAGAGAGAGAAUUCCAAAAGUAACAUCUGGACUCAAUCAGGUAAUACAUUCCCAAUUCGAAGAGUGGACAUCCAAGAUGGUGUUACACAUUCUCAAUCUCAUCUCAGAACAAGACAAAGCAAAUCUGAAGGGGCGGUAUCUGUGGUUGGAUUCCAUCGGCGGCAGUGGUGCUGUCAGGGAGCAAGCUGGGGUGAAGUCUCAUACGGAGAAACACUGGGAUCUGUUCCAAGCCAGGGAGCGGGAGGCAGGAGCAGGAGGAAGAGGGAGGCUGACCACAUUGGCUCCUGGGGGGCCAGAGCAGACCCCAAGACAGGGAGAAGAAGCAGAGAAAGGGCCUUUGAAUGACAGGGCUAAGGAAAGGAGGCCCCGUUCUGGAGCGGAGGCUGGGAAAGAAGCUUUCCGCUCAGAAAAGGACAGAGCCGAGUAUAUAUCACCAUCAACAUCAGCAUCAGUGCCAACCACCAUGACUAUUCAGGGUCUUGAGGCUAAAAUCCAGACCCGAUCUGAGAAGUCGGCAAAAGGCUAUCAUGAUAACCAAAUGAAUUUGCCCAGCCCAGAUCUACAUGCUUCAGGGAACCAACAGGGACUAGAGCAUGGAUUCAAGAAGACCAGAGGUGGAAGUUCAGGUGUCAAAUCUGGUGUAGGGAACACUGGUCCCAGUGAGGAGGAGCAGGGCCUGGGGCCUGGAUACAAGAAGACCAGAGGAGGAAGUCUAGGUCUCAAGUCUGGUGGGGAGAGUGCUGUUCCCAAUGGGGAGGAACAGGGACUAGGGCCAGGAUACAAGAAGACCAGAGGAGGAAGUACAGGUCUCAAAUCUGGUGGGGAGAGUGCUGGUCUCAGUGGGGAAGAGCAGGGACUGGGGUCUGGAUACAAGAAGACCAGAGGAGGAGAUUCAGGUCUCAAAUCUGGUGUGGAGAGUGCUGGUCUCAGUGGAGAAGAGCAGGGACUGGGGCAUGGAUUGAAGAAGACCAGAGGUGGAGGUUCAAGUGUCAAGUCUGGUGGGGAAAGUGCUGGUCUUAGUGGAGAGGAGCAGGGACAAGGGCAUGGAUUGAAGAAGACCAGAGGUGGAGGUUCAAGUGUCAAGUCUGGUGGGGAGAGUGCUGGUCUUAGUGGAGAGGAGCAGGGCCUGGGGCUUGGAUACAAGAAGACCAGAGGAGGAGGUUCAAGUGUCAAGUCUGGUGGGGAGAAUUCUGGUCCCAUCGGAGAGGAGCAGGAACUAUCGCCUGCAUUCUGGAAGACCAAGUUUGAAGGUUUAGCUCUCAGGUCUGAUAUGAAGAGUCCUGGUCCUCAUAGGGAACAACAGCAGAAGCCAGAGGACCACCCCUUUCCAGAUCAACAGGCUGUAGACAAAGGUGAAUUGAUGGAGAAGGAGGAAUUAUCAGACCCAGACAGUAUGGGGCAAUCAGGAAGACAUAGCUCCCAGGAAGUUCAUGACCCUCCAAUCAUCUGGGUGCCCAUGCAGAAAGUGGAAGCGGAUUCUGAGCAGUUUGAGGACAACACCCCAGACCAAAGUUUCCAGCUGAGGUCACAGGAUGAGGAGAGAUCUCCUCUACCCACACCAUCCUCCAUGGAUGGGCCUUCAUCUAGUAGCACCAGCACUCUGCUCAGCCCAACACCCAUACAGCCUAAGGUGAGGGAGAAGGUUCCUAAGGCCCAGUUGGUACCAAGCCCAGCAGUGCCCCCUAUUCAUCAUUCACGUAAAAAAAUCCAACCAGAGAAGAAGGACAGGGAAGAUGAGUCUGAUGAAGAUUGGAAGGCCUCUCCCUUGACGCUAGUCCCAACCAGCUCAGAAAAGAACUGGAAGAAGACAGAGCUGCAUCGGAACUUGGACAGGCCACACAGCAAGAUUCGUCCUACAGAACUGUCCUCAGCCCCAUCCCUCCCUGAAGGGCUGCCUAAGAGGAGUGAUUAUAGGGGAUGGGGCCCUUCUUCCUCAGUCAGCCCCCAGCCAGAGCAGACAAGACAGACAAGGCUUGGAGUCCUUGAGAAUCUGAAGCAUGAUUCAGUCCCAAUGACUGCCUCAGCAAUAGAAAGGCUGGAGUCUUCAACCAGGCCCCUCAGCUCUCAUAUCUACAAAAGGGACAGUGACUCGAUCCCUGUUGUCUCUACUUUCAAGGACUGGAAGGAUGAGUUUCUCACUCAGAAGCAAGAGGAAGCUUUUAGAGAAUACUUCAAGUUUUUCUGUGAUGCUGGAGAAAUCGAUAUCCACAGCCUAAAGAACAUCCUAUCAAUAGUGGGGAUCUCCAGGACUUCGGCUGAGAUGGUUGAAGCGCUGAUGAGUGCUGAUGUGAAUUGUGAUGGACAUGUGGACUUUAAGGACUUCCUAACUGUUCUAACAGACACUCAGCGCUUCUGUCGAUCUGUGGAACAGCACACUAACCCUUCAUCAAAUGGUCGAAACCCCCAUACUCUACUCUUUGAAGUCCUUUCCCAGUUGAUAGAGAUGCUAGCCUUGCCUGAAAACUUCAUGGAAGAAAUCACCAAUUAUUAUCAAAAGAAGAUGAAAGGUAUGUCAAGGUAUAAAGAAUCUCCUAUUACUGCUUCCCGACAACCUCAUCCCCACAAGAGAACCUUCGCCCGAACCUCAGAUGUUAGCCCCCACGAGCAAAAAGUCAUAAAUAUCGUGGAUCGAAUCAAGCGACAAAACCACUCUACCUUCCUGCAGAGCCCCUACGCGAUCCAGGGAGCCAAUCACUCACUGUGCCCCCGUCUAGACAGGAAGAUAACCCGCCGGAAGCAGGGGUCCCAUGUCAUUUUGGAAGAGUAUAAGCCCAUUGACCUAACCACUGACUUCAGGAACUUCUUUCAGAUGGGACCCAAGGGAGUCAGGGAUCUCAACCCCACUCUCCGAAAGUGGCUCACCUCAAUGUCAAGCCGCACCCACUAAGCUGCUGGGAGCCCUUGGCACCCUUCCACCCUUUUGGCUGAGGAUUUCUCCAGGCUUGGGGAUCCAAGUAUAAGGUGCUGCUGGACCUAGGAUAGGAGGCAACCUUUGGUACUAGUCUACCUGCUUAGCCAGCCCAGACAAUAAAUGGAAACAUCCUCAUCUGGUU